CCGGGCUCCGCUCUUGCCUUCUCCACACUUGUUUGAUUUAUGAGGAGUCCAAGAUGAAUUUGGAGCAGGAGAGGCCGUUUGUCUGCAGUGCCCCAGGCUGCUCCCAGCGCUUCCCAACAGAGGAUCAUCUGAUGAUUCAUAGGCACAAGCACGAAAUGACUUUGAAGUUUCCCUCAAUAAAAACAGACAAUAUGUUAUCAGAUCAGACUCCAACCCCAACGAGAUUCCUGAAGAACUGCGAGGAGGUGGGGCUCUUCAGUGAGUUGGACUGCUCCCUAGAGCAUGAGUUUAGGAAGGCUCAGGAGGAAGAGAGCAGCAAGCGGAAUAUCUCGAUGCAUAACCCCGUUGGUGGGGCCAUGGCGGGGCCUGGAGCUCACCAGCUCGGCAGCGCCCGGAUGCCCAACCAUGACACCAGCGUUGUGAUUCAGCAAGCCAUGCCGUCACCCCAGUCCAGCUCUGUCAUCACGCAGGCCCCUUCCACCAACCGCCAGAUCGGGCCUGUCCCAGGCUCUCUAUCUUCUCUGCUCCAUCUUCACAACAGACAGAGACAGCCCAUGCCAGCCUCCAUGCCUGGGACCCUGCCCAACCCUACAAUGCCGGGUUCUUCUGCCGUCUUGAUGCCAAUGGAGAGACAAAUGUCAGUGAACUCCAACCUCCUGGGAAUGCAAGGUCCAAAUCUCAGCAACCCCUGUGCUUCUCCCCAAGUCCAGCCAAUGCAUUCAGAAGCUAAGAUGAGGCUGAAGGCUGCAUUGACUCACCACCCUGCCGCCAUGUCGAAUGGGAAUAUGAACACCAUGGGACACAUGAUGGAAAUGAUGGGCUCCCGGCAGGACCAGACGCCACACCAUCACAUGCACUCACACCCGCACCAGCAUCAGACACUGCCGGCCCACCACCCCUACCCGCACCAGCACCAGCACCCAGCGCACCACCCUCAUCCUCAGCCCCAUCACCAGCAGAACCACCCACAUCAUCACUCCCACUCCCACCUUCAUGCACACCCAGCACACCACCAGACCUCGCCACACCCACCCCUGCACUCCGGCAACCAAGCACAGCAGGUUUCACCAGCAACACAACAGAUGCAGCCCACCCAGACAAUACAGCCACCCCAGCCCACAGGGGGGCGCCGGCGAAGGGUGGUGGAUGAGGAUCCUGACGAGAGGCGGCGGAAAUUUCUGGAACGGAACCGGGCGGCCGCCACCCGCUGCAGACAGAAGAGGAAGGUCUGGGUGAUGUCACUGGAAAAGAAAGCAGAAGAACUCACCCAGACAAACAUGCAGCUUCAGAACGAAGUGUCCAUGUUGAAGAAUGAGGUGGCACAGCUGAAGCAGCUGUUGUUAACGCAUAAAGACUGCCCGAUAACAGCCAUGCAGAAAGAGUCACAAGGAUAUCUCAGUCCGGAGAGCAGCCCUCCUGCAAGUCCCGCCCCGACAUGCUCGCAGCAGCAGGUCAUCCAGCAUAACACCAUCACCACUUCCUCGGCAGUCAGCGAGGUGGUAGGAAGCUCCACCCUCAGCCAGCUCACCACUCACAGAACAGACCUGAACCCCAUCCUCUAAAAUCUGUGGGUCACACCUUGCCUUCAAGAAGAGCUGUUGCAUAUCCUGCGUCCUUUCUUUUAAGGGCAUUUUUAGAAUUAACUCAGACCUGGAAGACUCCUCAGCCCUUCAAAGACUGGCUUUCAUUUUUAUAGUUAUUAUGGAAAUGUUGUCUUUUAUACUUAGUUAUAUAAGAAAAAAGGGAGUUAUGCAAUUAAUAAUCUAUCAGCUUGGGAAAUGCUUUGGUGCUUUCCUCCAAUUUUCUGGUACCAGUUACUUGUUUAUAAACUGAACUCUCUCUGUACAUAGUCAUGGUUUCAUUCUUAUCAGUCAAACCCUUUGCCUGAAAUGUUGAAUCUUGUUAAACCGCAGCUUUUAGCCAAAAUGAGGCGUACAUAGAUGUCCAGUAAACAGAUUGCAAGGCGACUGGGAGGUGGAGUCUGAUGACAUCAUAACUCAUGUUGAGUUUGUGCUAUGAUGUCACCAGAAUGCCAGGCAAACAUAGAGCCUUUUCCACAACUGUUUCUCUUACUAUUAAAAAAAUAUUAAUAGAAGCUCCACUGAUGUCCAAAUAAAAUCAGCAAGGAUCUCACCACUCCUCCUCCUCCUCCUCUUGGUCCACUUCCUUGACUGCCCAAUUUUCCUUUCCAUUUCCACUUUUACCUGGGCUCCCUGUUGACUUUUUAUUGUUACUUUCUUCUGUUUUAUUUUUUCCCUUAAGCAUUGCAUGUAAAGAAGAAAAAAAUGUUUAAAGGAAAAAAAAAAAGCUAAUGUGGACCUAGCCAUGGCUUCCCUUGCAUGUGACCCACAGCUGGAGUUCAUUCAACUCUUGCUUUUUACACAAGAGUAACCAGGAGACAUUUAAUGUGCCUGAUUUAAUGUUUUUAAUAAUCAGAACAAAUAAAAGGUGGCUUAGCCAUAGGUGAAGCACUGUUGAAUGCCAGCUGUGGAGACACUAGGGAAGGGAGCUUUAUAAGCCUCAAUUGUGAAAGUCCAAAUUACGAUGCAAGGUUAUAACAUCACACCCUCAAAUUACAACUGGUUUUAUAUGGCCUGUCUAUAAUGUUGAAAAUCCAUGUACUAUAUAAUAAUGCAGAAGGGCUCUAUUCACUACACGGAUUACAUUGUUCAGUCAUCAGCUGCUAAUAGCCUAAGAUUUAUUAUUGUUUUUUUCUUAAGCCUAUGGAACCGUCUUUGCUGUUCUGGUGGGUGAAAGUAGACAAACUACUGGAGGAACAAAGAGAGAAAGAAAACCUCGUGCUUCCGUAGAGCUGCUCUCAGCCCUUCCACCACAGCUAAAGCACUCUGGCUGUUGAAAGAAUCCCAUGGAUAUGGCUACUCCACUCUUCUGCUAAUCCUGGUUUAUAUUUUCAGCAACUUUUCUGGACUUUCCCAUUAUAAAAAGCAGACAGUUGUGCCUCCUUGAAACAAGCCAUUUUACUUGGUGAAGGUUUUCAUAUCAGAACUCACAAGUAACGGGGCUAAUGUUUUUCUCUAGUGGUCUAGGCAGGUGCUGGUGUUUCAUCUCUAUGUGAAUGACCUCCAAACAUGAGUGUGUGUGUGUGUGUGUGUGUGUGUGUGUGUGUGUGUGUGUGUGAGAGAGAGAGAGAGAGAGAGACAGACAGACAGACAGAGAGAGGGGAAGAUUAUGGGAUUUAAAAGAACAGUAUUUUACAAAAUGUGUAGCUUUUUUAAGAGUUCAGAAUAGGGAAGGAUGUGAUUUUUUUCUCUCACUAUAGUAUAAUAAUCUAUUUUGGAGAAAAAAAGAAAAUAUAAGGGUCAUGAAGCAUGGUUUUUAUAACUAGUUUUAGUUUUAUCUAAUAACUUGCUUUUUAAAUCAAUAUUUAUCAACAAUCUUUUCAUGUAUGCAGUGCUUUCAAAAAGAAAGUUUUGAGUUUCCAGGAAAACUCAUAACUUGGAGAUAUGAUCUAAAAAAAUCAAAACAAAGACAAAAGCAAAAAAAAAAGAAAGAAAAGAGAAAAAAGGAAAAAAAAUGCAAACAAGAAAAGGAUUUUCUAUUAUAUUUUAGACAAACA